ACGAUUUCCUCGUCGAUGGACAACUCGUGGAGUCAUGCGCAUCAUCUCUCAUUUCAAUGUACGACGCUGACGUCGCCAGGGAAGCGGAAACGUUUCAUACCCUUUGAUUGGAAGUUGGAGAGUGACGUCAACGGAAGUUGCGUUCACCGUCAUCCAGAGCGGGAACGCCGGGUUGUUUCAGCACAGAAGCGAUCAGAAGCUGCUGUUGUGACUGAUGUAAAGCCAACAACGCGGUACUUCGAAGGUUCGGUUUUAAAAUCAGCUGGAGGAAUCAUGGAGGCCUUUCUCAAAGGAGCAACCUUUCAGACAAGCAGACCUCAGAAGGACAAGGCAACAACAGAACCUGCUGCAGAGAAGAAAGCUAAGGCAGUUCCCUGGGUGGAAAAAUACAGACCCAGAUGUGUGGAUGAGGUGGCCUUCCAGGAUGAGGUUGUAGCAGUGCUGAAGAAGUCACUGGAAGGAGCAGAUCUUCCAAACCUGCUCUUCUACGGGCCUCCUGGAACAGGAAAGACAUCAACCAUCUUAGCUGCUGCCAGAGAACUUUAUGGUCCAGGGUUGUACCGACAGAGGGUGCUGGAGCUGAAUGCUUCAGAUGAACGAGGCAUCCAGGUCAUCAGGGAGAAGGUCAAGAACUUUGCUCAGCUCACUGUGGCUGGGACCCGUUCAGAUGGGAAGUUGUGUCCUCCUUUUAAGAUCAUCAUCCUGGAUGAGGCUGACUCCAUGACGGCUCCAGCUCAAGCUGCCCUCAGACGGACAAUGGAGAAGGAGUCUCGCACCACCCGCUUCUGUCUCAUUUGUAACUAUAUUAGCAGGAUCAUUGAGCCCCUUACUUCCAGAUGUUCCAAGUUUCGUUUCAAACCUUUAGCUAAUCAGGUCCAAGAAGAACGACUGCUAGAAAUAUGUGAGAAGGAGAAGCUCAAAUACACCAAGGAGAGCAUUGCAGCAUUGGUGCAGCUGUCUGAGGGGGAUCUGAGGAAGGCCAUCACGUUUCUUCAGAGCGCAGCACGUCUCAACGCUGACAAGGAAAUCACUGACCAAGCAGUUAUUGAGAUAGCGGGGGUCGUCCCUUCCACAAUGAUUGAUAAUUUGGUCCAAAUCUGCUUCAGAGGAACAUUUGAGAAACUAGAGGUCACAGUGAGGAACAUGGUGAAUGAUGGUUAUGCCGCCACACACACCCUGAGUCAGCUGCAUGACUGUCUCUUGGAAAAGGACAUUACUGACAAGCAAAAGUCAGCCAUUGCAGAAAAGAUGGCGGUUGUGGGAAAGUGCCUUGCUGAUGGUGCUGAUGAGUACCUGCAAAUGUUAAGCUUGUGUUCAGUGAUUAUGCAGCAGGUUGCCCAAAGCUCAAACUCCGCUGAGCAACUUCUCCUUACAGAAUGAUGACCUUCAUCUGCUCCCAACAGGACCAACAGCUUGAAUUCUCUUGCUUUAAUUCAGAGUUUGAGAUGUUCCACCAGAUUUACUCGAUGGUGAUGGUAAAUGUUAUGUUCAGGAGACAGAACACAUGUAACUGCUUCCCAACACACUGUUGUAGUAUUCUGGAAAUUAAUAAAUCAUUUCUUUGUA